AUGGAAGGAAUUCUCCGAAAUCACCGCACACCUCCGCCAACAACACCUGCCGUACAGAUGGGGCUACCCAGUGAAGCUGGUGGUGCAAAGAAAUGGGAAGACAAUCUCCGCCAACAACACCUGCCAUACAGUUGGGGCUACCCAGUGAAGCUGGUGGUGCAAAGAAAUGGGAAGACAAUCAUCCUCCAAACCCCGGACGACGGAGCAAAGACCCUUUGCAGCUGGAGCAUCGAACUACCAACAGGAGCGCAAGGGACUCAGAGACUCCCUCCGUCAUGGAGGAAAUCUAAGCACUAA